AUGCUUUCAAGAAAUCAUUUAAAACUAAAUUACAGCAGCUCGAUAAAUCUUAGCGCCAAGUCUUUUCUUUGGAAAAGACAAUAUAAAAUCCUGUCUGGAAAAUUGCUAGCCAAAAGUAUAGUCAAUGAGCUAAAUGAAGAGGUCAAAAAAUUUAAAUCUAUUCGCCAAGAUUUCUUACCAAAGUUGCAAAUCUUUCAAGUUGGUUCCCGAGAGGAUUCUACAUCCUAUAUUAAGAUGAAAUUAAAAAUCGCCAAGGAGUGUGGUAUUGACUGUUCUGUUAAAAAAAUGCCUUCCACUAUUUCUGAGAUGGAAUUGAUAAGAGAAAUAAAAAAGGCAAAUAAUAAUGUAAAUAUCCAUGGAAUACUUGUUCAAUUACCUCUGCCAAGUCAUUUUUCUGAGAGUUCUAUUUCUAAUUCUAUCUCACCAAUGAAAGAUAUUGAUGGUUUAAACUCUUAUAAUAUUGGAGAACUAGCAAAACGAGAUGGCCAACCUUGGUUUACUCCAUGCACACCUAAAGGAUGUAUUGAGCUACUUAAGUCAGCAAAUAUCACUUUAGAAGGUAAAGAUAUAGUUGUCAUUGGGCGCUCUAAUAUUGUUGGAAACCCUAUGGCCAACUUAUUAAAAAAUCACAAUGCCACUGUCACCGUUUGUCAUCUACAAACGAAAGAUCUCAAGAAACAUACUAAAAGAGCCGAUAUAAUUAUUUCUGCAGCAGGGUGCGCUCAUUUGAUACAGAAAGGACAUAUAAAAAAAGAUGCCAUUGUUAUUGAUGUAGGUAUCAAUUUUAUUUAUAAUAAACAGAAUCCUUUAAAGAAGAAACUGGUAGGAGAUACUGAUUUUGAAAAGGUGAAAAACAAAACCUCGUACAUAACACCAGUUCCAGGAGGAGUUGGUCCAAUGACAAUUUGCAUGUUGGCAAAAAAUGUAAUAGAGGCAUGCAAGCUAAAAUUUCAAAUAGAAGAAACAAAACCUAAAAUUACUCCUUUAAAAUUAGAAUUGAAAUGCCCCUUAGAUGAAGACAUUGAAAUUUCAAGACAGCAAGAACCUAAGGAAAUUAUAUCCUUAGCAGAGGAACUUGGAAUUAAAAAUAAUGAAUUAGAGAUACAUGGCAAUUAUAUGGCAAAAGUAUCUAGCUCUAUAACAGACAGACUGAAAUACCGCUCUAAUGGUCACUAUGUACUAGUUUGCGGUAUUACUCCAACUCAGUUUGGGGAAGGUAAGUCUACCACUGCUAUUGGUCUUGGACAAGCUUUUACUUCACACUUAGGAAUCCCAUCCAUUGUCAAUAUUAGACAAUCAUCAAUGGGCCCCACAUUUGGAAUGAAAGGAGGUGCAGCUGGUGGAGGGUACUCUCAAGUAAUUCCGAUGGAUUUGUUUAAUCUUCAUUUAACGGGAGACAUUCAUGCCAUAACAGCUGCCAAUAAUCUUCUAGCAGCAGCUAUUGAUACCCGAAUCUUCCAUGAAACUCGAAUUACUGAUGAUUUAAAAUUGUAUUUGAAGUUGGUACCUGAACAUAACGAUAAGAGGUACUUUAAAUCAUUUAUGCUACGAAGACUUCAAAGAUUGGGAGUUAAAAAAACAGAUCCUAAUUUUUUAAAUGAUGAAGAAAUUCGAGCCUUUUCAAGGCUAAAUAUUGAUCCCAACACGAUUACAAUUAAUAGAACAGUAGACGCUAAUGAUCGAAUGCUCAGGGGAAUAACUAUUGGAGAAUCACCAACUGAGAAAGGACUAACAAGGGAAACAAGGUUUGAUAUUACAGCCGCAUCAGAGUUAAUGGCCAUAGUGACAUUAUCAAAUGAUUUGCAUGACAUGAAAAAUAGAAUUAGUAAUAUGGUAAUUGGAUUUAAUUUCAACAAUAAACCUAUAACAGUUGAUGAUUUAGGACUGACUGGAUCAUUGACGGCUAUAUUAAAAAAUUCAUUAAAACCUACAUUAAUGCAAACAUUAGAAGGUACUCCUGCUAUGGUACACACUGGCCCAUUUGCUAAUAUUUCCAUUGGAAGCUCAUCAGUUAUUGCUGAUAAGAUUGGCCUGAAGUUAGUGGGAAGGGAUGAAAAGCUUUAUCCUAAUAAACCAUUGGGAUAUGUAAUUACUGAAGCUGGGUUUGAUUUUUCAAUGGGAGGCGAGAGGUUUUUAGAUGUUAAAUGUAGAUCUUCAGAAUUAACACCUGAUGCUGUUGUAAUUGUAACCACUGUGAGAGGGUUAAAACUUCACGGUGGCGCCCCCACUAUAAAACCCGAUGAACAUUUACCUUCUGAAUAUUUAAAAGAAGAUGUUGAGUUAGUAUCCUUAGGAACAUCUAAUUUAUGUAAACAAAUUCAAAAUGCAAUACAAUUUAAUAUUCCAGUGAUUGUCGCGAUAAACAAAUUUUCAGGGGAUACACAAAGUGAAUUUGAUGUUAUCAAAGAAGCUGCAUUAUUAGCAGGUGCUAAAUCCGUUCAAAUAAUUAAUAACUGGGAAAAAGGAGGGGAGGGAUCAAUAAACUUAGCAAGCUCAAUAAACGAAGUGGUUAAAAGUGAGAAGAAAGCAGAGUUGAAAUAUUUAUAUGACUUAUCAUCUUCAAUAGAAGAUAAAUUGAUUCGUAUAGUUCAAACUCAAUAUGGUGGUAAAGAUAUCAUACUAUCUGAAUUAGCUCAGAAAAAGAUGGCUCAAUUCACUAAAUUAGGAUAUGAUCGUUUACCGAUCUGUAUUGCCAAGACUCAAUAUUCACUUUCACAUGAUCCCAAAUUAAAAGGUAUUCCAAAAGAUUUUAUAUUUCCAAUCAUAGAUUUAAGACUUUCAGCUGGUGCAAAGUAUCUAUAUGCAAUUGCAGGCAAAAUUCAAACAAUGCCUGGUUUGCCAGUGCAUGCUGCUUAUAUGAGUAUUGAAGUUGAUGAAGAUGGCUUAAUCCAAGGUCUUAAAUAA